AUGGCCCAUAUACAGAUCUACUACUCAGACAAGCACUAUCAGUACCAGCAUGUCAUGUUACCUAGAGAACUUUCCAAACAAGUACCCAAAACUCAUCUAAUGUUUGAAGAGGAAUAGAGGAGACUUGUUGUCUAACAGAGUCUAAGCUGGGUUCAUUAUAAGAUUCAUGACCCAGAACCCCAUAUUCUUAUCUUUAAACUACCUCUACCAAUAAAAGCAACAGAAAUGAAAUAUAUCUGGAAUCAUCAAUUAAAUAUAUCACAAAUUUAA